AUGGCACAGCAAGGAAUGCCAGGUGGGCUCCACUCACCUCCACACGCUCCUUCCUCUGCUUGCCAUCCUCUGCUCGCUCCUCCUCUUCUGAACACGUCUUCUCCCCUCCUAUGCCUAUGCCUAUGCUCCCUCCUCUCCGCCGUCUGCCCCUCCUUGGCAUGCCUCAGCCUCCUUGCUCCUUGCCAUAGCAGGGCUAUUAACACGGGGAGAAUCAAGGCAGUGAUUAACACCGGGGGAAUCAAGGCAGUGAUUAACACGGGGGGAAUCAAGGCAGUGAUUAACACGGGGGGAAUCAAGGCAGUGAUUAACACGGGGGGAAUCAAGGAAGUAAUUAACACGGGGGGAAUCAAGGCAGUGACUAACACGGGGGGAAUCAAGGCAGUGAUUAACACGGGGGGAAUCAAGGCAGUGAUUAACACGGGGGGAAUCAAGGCAGUGAUUAACACGGGGGGAAUCAAGGCAGUGAUUAACACGGGGGGAAUCAAGGCAGUGAUUAACACGAAGGGAAUCAAGGCAGUGAUUAACACGGGGGGAAUCAAGGCAGUGAUUAACACGGGGGGAAUAAAGGCAGUAAUUAACACGGGGGGAAUCAAGGCAGUGAUUAACACGGGGGGAAUCAAGGCAGUGAUUAACACGGGGGGAAUCAAGGCAGUGAUUAACACGGGGGGAAUCAAGGCAGUGAUUAACACGGGGGGAAUCAAGGCAGUGAUUAACACGAAGGGAAUCAAGGCAGUGAUUAACACGGGGGGAAUCAAGGCAGUGAUUAACACGGGGGGAAUCAAGGCAGUGAUUAACACGGGGGGAAUCAAGGCAGUGAUUAACACGGGGGGAAUCAAGGCAGUGAUUAACACGGGGGGGAUCAAGGCAGUGAUUAACACGGGGGGAAUCAAGGCAGUGAUUAACACGAGUGGAGGUGGUGGUGGCAGUGACGGCAAAAUUCAGCAGGCGUUGUGCGAGGGCAGGGCAGGCACGCUCUGCCUUGCUGCUGCUGGUGUGGAAAGGGCAGCGACCUUGCUCCUUGCCUUAGCAGCAGGUGAGCCACUCGGCACGUCAGUGCUGCCAGCAACAGGUGAGGCAGCACUCGCUCCUUGCUCCUUGCCGAAAUGUCUUGCACCUGCCUCCCCCUCGCUGCCUCCCCCUCACUGCCUCCCCCUCGCUGCCUCCCCCUCGCUGCCUCCCCCUCACUGCCUCCCCCUCGCUGGCUCCCCCUCGCUGCCUCCCCCUCACUGCCUCCCCCUCACUGCCUCCCCCUCGCUGCCUCCCCCUCGCUGCCUCCCCCUCACUGCCUCCCCCUUGCUGCCUCCCCCUCGCUGCCUCCCCCUCGCUGCCUCCCCCUCACUGCCUCCCCCUCGCUGCCUCCCCCUCGCUGCCUCGCCCGACGCUGCUGACCUGCUGACCUGUAGACCUGACGUAUGGGAAGGCAACUCACAAGUUCCUCGGUGCGGCAGCAGUGGCGCCAUUCCUCCUCGCCUCAGUAGUGCAGCAGUGCAGCAAUCGUUUGCUCAGCCUCAGGUGCAGCAGGUGCAGGAGUCGUUUGCUCAGCCUCAGGUGCAGCAGGUGCAGGAGUCGUUUGCUCAGCCUCAGGUGCAGCAGGUGCAGGAGUCGUUUGCUCAGCCUCAGGUGCAGCAGGUGCAGGAGUCGUUUGCUCAGCCUCAGGUGCAGCAGGUGCAGCAGUCGUUUCGUGAGCCUCAGGUGCAGCAGGUGCAGCAGUCGUUUCGUGAGCCUCAGGUGCAGCAGGAGCAGCAGGAUAGGAAAUUCACGAGCUUCUUAUGGACGCCGUUCGUUCAUCAGCUGCGCCUCCUCGCCAGCAGCGUCCUGCGCCUCCUCGCCGUUCGUUCAUCAGCAGCACACCAUCGCACGCAACUAUUCGCCGUUCCGCACUAG